CGAAAGCUUAGAGGAAGGUGAAGUCGGAUUAUUCUUUCAAACAUUUUUGCUUGUUGUACUUUGUGAGAUGGCGAAGCAUGGUGAAAGAAAAUUCAGAUCCGUUAGGAGAAAAAAAAGGAAGGGUUUUUGCGGCACUACUGGGUCAAAGAAACGUCCAAAACUGACUAAAGAACCAGAUCAAGAUGGCCUUGCAGGAAGUAAACUCGAAGUUAGUGACAACAGCGACGCCAGUGAAAGUGAAGAAUUGCCCAUGGAAGUCAAUGUUUCCGCCUCAAAGCUUCAGAAUUCUUCGUUUUCGAUGUAUGAAGAGCAGGAAGGCAUUCUAACCCGUAAGAAGUCGAUAAAUGUUGGGCUCGGAGUUCCAUCAGUAAAUUGUGACAACAUUGCAAGUGGUUAUAAAAUUCAAGAUGCCACUUUACUUAGAGAUUGUAUCGCCUCAGCAGCAAUUUGCAGUUUCUGCCGCAAAUCUCAAUCAACUUUGCAACUUUUUCAGCGAGAUUAUCAGAGAGAAGGACUUGCUGAAUGUCUUUUUCUUAGAUGUUCAAAUUGUCAUCAUGAGACUGAGUUGAAAACAAGUAAGAGACUGGGAGGUGUUGGUGGAGGGGCUCAUGAAGUCAACAGGAGGUCGGUAUUGGCUUCUCAGAAACUUGGCCAGGCUGGGUUGGCUGACUUUUGUGCUAGAAUGAAUUUCUGUCCACCAGUGACCAAGAAAUCUUACAAUGAUCAUUUGAUCCAAAUUGAAAAGGCAGCUGUAGAACAUGCUAGAACUCAAAUGCAGGAUGCUGCUGGGAGGCUGUCGGAUCUGACAAAAAAUAAACAUCCUAACAGCAUUGAAGAUGAAAAUGGAACCGAAGUGGCUAAAGUAGCUGUUACAGUUGAUGGCACAUGGCAGAAAAGGGGCCAUUCCUCAAAGAUUGGUGUGGUGUUUGUCAUUUCAGUGGCAACUGGAGAAAUUCUGGAUUAUGAGGUCAAAUCUCUUGUUUGCUAUGAGUGUCGAGCUCGUGAGCAUAUGGACAGAGAUUCUGAGGAAUACAAAGCUUGGAAAGCCAGCCAUACAAAUUGCCACAUUAACCAUUCUACCAGCUCUGAGGACAUGGAGGCUUCUGCAGCAGUAGAAAUGUUUGGCAGAAGUGUAGAGAAGUUGCAUCUCAAGUAUACAACUUUUGUCGGAGAUGGUGACAGUAGUUCUUUUGGUCGAGUGCGAGAAGCCAUGACUGCAAAAUUUGGAGACAAAUAUCCUGUAGUCAAAGAGGAGUGUGUGGGCCAUGUGCAGAAGAGAAUGGGUACAGCUCUCCGAAAGUUUAAAAAGGAAAUGAAGGGAAGAAAGCUGGCAGAUGGAAAAGGUGUCGCUGGAAAGGGAAGGCUCACUGACAAAGUUAUCAACCGCAUUCAAAACUAUUAUGGUAAUGCUAUAAGAGAGAAUUGUGGCAACCUUCAAGGGAUGAAAGAAAGCAUUAAAGCAAUUCAGUGUCAUAUGAUAGUGGAUGAGGACAUGUCACUCAAAAAGCAGCACAGACACUGUCCAAAGGGUAAAGACACAUGGUGUAAGUUCUGGGCUGACAUGCAUAAUAAGACAAACACCUACGACAACAGCAAGCGUCUUCCUGCAGUUUUCAUGAAAGAGCUGGACCCAAUUUUUAAAAGAUUGUCAGAUAAUGCUCUUUUAUCAAGAUGUCUUCAAGGUUUCACUCAAAACCAGAAUGAAAGUGUCAAUUCUCAAUUGUGGUCCAGAUGUUCCAAAACUACCUUUGUUGGAGUUCGUAAAGUUCAAAUUGCUGUUUGUGAAACUGUGGCUGUGUUUAACACUGGGGCAGCCAGCAAAGCAGUCAUUAUGGAUCUCAGUGGGGUUAAUCCUGGUCAAAGUAUGUUGAAGGCCCUGAGAGAUCAAGACAAAAGAAGGAUCGUAACUGCUGGACGAAAAGUUUCUGUGAAGUACAGAACACAAAGGAAGAUUUUACGGGCAAAGCGAAAGUCAAAAGGGGAAGUGUCAUACUCUUCAGGGGCUUUUGGUCUUGAUUCAAAGCCUGAGAUAUCAGUUAAACAAGGAAUCAAGAAUAUUAAGUCCAAGAAACACAUUCAGGAGUUACCAUCCACUAGUAGAGAGCAAACUGUGGAGAUAAAAUAUGUGGAACCCAUUUUUGAAGUUGUGGUCACUCCAAAAGAGUAGGGUUCAUGAAGAGGACUGAACUUUUCCACAUUUAACCAUCUAAUCUAGCUGGAGAAAGGCCUUCAAAUUAAUAUUUACUUCCUAGUGCAACACAAUUUCAAGAAAAUAACUUUCUUGACAGAAUGGGGGGAUGUUAUGGUGAAUUUUACUCACAGCACAUGUCUUGGACUUUAGAAGCAGUUUUCUUAAAGUUAUAUGUUUAAGAAUUGUCUAUCUUGUGGCAGUCAUAUUUUUGCCAGUUUUCAAUGGAUUUGCAUGAUUUUUUCACAGGUUGUGUAGUUUUGGCUGUACUGUGCAAUGAGUGAACUAGUUUUAGUCUUUUGUGAAGUUUUAUUUUGUUGCUAUGGAAACGUGCUUCUUUAUGUCAGAGCGACAUUGAUUUGACGAUACUAAAAAACUGUUUCACUCAUUGCACAAUUUGUAACAGUGUUAAUGUCUCUAGAAAGUUUCAUUGCUUUAUGGUAUAUGUUUGCUGAGAUAACUUUGCCAUAAUCUCAGAAGUUGACUUAAGUUUUCUGGAGUUACCAUGGCAACCAAUGGGCGUGGUCUCACACUUACCAUGUCAAUCUUUCAAACUUACUUAAGUCUAUAUUCUGUUCAAAUUUCAUGGAGUUUGGUCAAAUCCUAGGGAAACAGGCCACUUUUUCAUUUAGUUACAAAAUAAGGGUUAAC